AACUCUGAGCACCUGCCCAUUUGAGGCAAACUUCGCGAGCUUAGCUUGUGGGAACUUUCAGAGCAGAUCUGGGGGCUGGGACUUUUUCAGUGGCUUCAUCAACUCACAGCAGAAGCGAACAGCCUUGAGUUGAGGAAAUUGUGGCUGGACAGGCAGCCAGGCACUUCUCCCCUUCCUUCUCCUGCUGACUGGUGACAGUGAAGCCCGUGCACAGCUGAGUGUCGGAGGGAGCGAGGGGCCCCUUUGGGGAUGUUGGGGCUAGCUGUCACCCUCCUGCAUCUCUUGCUCCUCAAGGGGCAUCACGGCCAAGGAUCCCCAGAUUCUACUUACGAUGUGGUUGGUCUCUCGGGAAGGCCCCUCCCUCUACAGCCUUCUAACACACAGAUGGAGAUAUCUUCUGUUCAAUGGAAGAUGCAGCUACUUUCAUGUCCAGAAACUUAUGUGAUACUGACUUGGAGGAAUAAUUCCACUCUGACGUAUGAAGAUUUAGCUCUUAAACAUUUCAACAAUACACUUGAUUUUAACUUUGAGAACUUAACCCUUCUCAUCAAGGCCGCUAAGCCACAGGACAGUGGUCAUUAUAAACUGGAGGUGACCAAUGAGUCUGGAAAGGUGAACGUGGUCCACUUCAAGGUUUUCGUAUUUGAUCAUGUUGAGCAGCCUCUCCUGCAGGAACAGUGGAAGGCCCUGGAAGAAAGGAAAUGCCAAGUGGUGCUGUCCUGCUUGGUCUCCAGGGACAGCAAUGUGACCUACACUUGGUACAGAGACAAUGAAUUGAUCUCGACGUCUGGGAACUUUACAUAUCUGGAGGUGUCGGUUGAUCCCAAUGACCAGAACACAUAUACCUGCAAUGUUAGCAACCCUGUCAGUUGGGCAAGCCAAACCCUCAACCUCACCCAGGGAUGUCUACGUGUCCCCCUGAGAUCCAGAAUUCUGCCCUUUAUGGUGAUUGUCAUUAUUCUGGCCAUACUGUUUAUUGUCACUUUCACUUGCUUCUGUGUGAGGAAGAGAAAGAGAAAGCAGUCACAGACCAGCCCAGAGACACUUCUGACAAUUUAUGAAGAUGUCAAAAACCCACAGAUGAGGAGGAAUGAACAGCAGGAAGUCCUUGAAGAAGGAAUCACCAUUUACUCUGUGAUCCAGUCCCAGCCUUCUUCUUCCACAUCAAAAGAAGCUACAAAUACGUUGUAUUCAGUUAUACAGCCUUCCAGGAAGUCCAGAUGCAAGGAGAGGAACCAUGACCCUUCCAUCAAUAGCUCCAUCUAUGAAGAGGUUGGAGCAACAGAGUCCAGAGCCCGUAACCCUGCCCGACUGAGCCGCAAAGAGCUGGACAACUUUGAUAUUUAUUCCUAAAUGCUGUAGCUCUUUUGGCCUUUCUUCCAUAUCCGCUUUGGUGCUGGGAAUCAGCGGAAUAGAUGUUGCCACAGGAGUUUUUUUUUUUUUUUUUUUUUGGAAGAGUUCCUAGUCGGGAGAGGAUAUGAAAGUCUAUUCGUGGUCUUUAUUUUGUUUUGAAAAUGAUUUCUAACAGCCAUGAUACAAGCAAGGUUGUGAAAUAAUAUCUCCCAACUUAGAUACUAGACAAGAAUGGGUGGAGAGGUUGGGUUGACCACAUUCUGAGUACUUGUAAUCUAUAAAGUUAUGUAAAUGGAGGCUUGAGAUUCCCUUGUCCUGGUUUUCUAACCUGUUACUUGUCUCUCAUCCUCUCUGAUCUGGGAUGCUGGUCUAGACAGCAUUUCUAGACCCUCACCUCACCCAGGCCUACCUACCAAGCAAAAACAGGUGACAGUGACUCAGGGGAAGAGGAAGCAGGCUCCUCUGAAGCUGUACUUUCUGUUUGCUGGCAAGCAGGUUCUCACAGGUGGACCAGCACCUAGGCUGCAACUUGAAUGCAGGGGAAAAAAUUUUCCCCUACACCUCAACACAUUUACAGUGGCCGGUUGGUCACAAAGGAAGUGGGCAGACACAAGAACAGAGGGUGAUGAGAAGCAAACUCUUCAUUGGAAAGAAAAACCACCCAAAGCCUUUCUUGAGAACUGGGCAGUUAGACCAGUUUUGUCCAAAGUGUAAUGUUUGAUUUACAAAGACAUAUUAUUAGAAAUCUAUUUUGGCUCCUUUGUGGUAGAGGUCUGCCUUCUCUCCUUGGAAAACCCAUUCUAUUUAAGUUCUGAGUCCUGAUUAGUGUUGCCUUCCCACUGUAUACCUUGGAGGGAGGGCUUGGGUACUUGGGUGCUAAAAGAUGAGGCGGCUGGGAACCAGAUCUGUGCUGGGUGCCCCGAGUCUUUAGGCCAGCCCUCAACGAGGCUGGGACUCUGGAUGAGCCCAGGAGAGGGGACUCAGAGACGACAGCAGGUGAUAACUGCUCAUAGCCUGGCUCUUCAGUGUCCUAUCCUUCAUUUAAAAUAUGUGUUUAAUAUAAAAAUUUGGUGUUACACACAGGCAGCCUAAAUCCUUUGCCUGGGUUAAAUCUAUGUAUCUUCUCUACACUCUGCAUUUCUACACUCUAAAGCAGUCAAAGGGGACUUAUGGGCCAUCUACAAACACAUGUCUGUUUAAUUCUGUUGGAGAAGGCUGUCACAAGCCAUCCAUGGGCUGUGUGUGUGAGCUAUUGUGCAUUGUAGCCAAAUGAGGGGAUAGGCCUGGCAUUGCGGGCUCCAUGCGAUCAGGGAGUGAUUGCAUGAUGCAGGUGUGCCUGCCCCUCUAGCUCUGCCUAAGAUCCCACACAGCACCUGAGAUGGGUGGGACUUGCCAAGAUGUCAAUCAAUCUGCUGACCACGAGACCUCACGAAGCAAGACUCCACCCUUGAAGUCUUAUCCCUGCCUCUGAUGUCCCCGCUAUAAAAUAAAGGAAACAUGGGCUCAUGCUCUCUUUCCAGUGCUUUCUUUCCAGCAUGGAAGCUGACCCUUAAGGUCACAGAGCCGUCCCGCCCUCCAUUUGAAAAACUUA